GGGGAGGAGGGAUGCGGACGGGGGAAGAUGGCGGCAGCGUCGUCGAACAACCCGCGGAAAUUCAGCGAGAAGAUCGCGCUGCACAACCAGAAGCAGGCCGAGGAGACGGCGGCUUUCGAGGAGGUCAUGAAAGACCUCAGCCUGACGCGCGCCCACCGGUUACAGCUACAGAAAACCCAGUAUUUGCAGUUGGGGCAGACCCGUGGCCAGUACUAUGGAGGAUCCUUGCCAAACGUCAAUCAGAUUGGCAGCAGUGCAAUGGACAUAUCCUUCCAGACUCCCUUUCAGCCAUCUGGGUUGGACACCAGUAGGACAACUCGACACCAUGGGCUGGUAGACAGGGUAUAUCGUGAUAGGAAUCGCCUUGGAUCGCCACAUCGGCGCCCUCUCUCUGUGGAUAAACAUGGCAGACAGGUGGACAGCUGUCCAUAUGGUACUGUCUAUCUGUCUCCUCCUUCAGAUACAAGCUGGAGAAGGACCAAUUCUGAUUCUGCCCUACACCAGAGCACAAUGACCCCUACUCAGACAGAGCCUUUCUCAGCUGGGUCACAGGAUAUGCAGCAAAAAAGAGUCUUAUUACUGACGGUUCCAGGCAUGGAGGAAGAUGCAUCAGAGACAGAGAAAAAUCUUUCAAAACAAGGAUGGGAUGCUAAGAAGACAGGAUCCUCAAGGCCUAAAUCUUGUGAAGUUCCAGGAAUCAACAUCUUUCCAUCAGCUGACCAAGAAAACACUACUGCCCUUAUCCCUGCGGCUCACAACACCGGGGGCUCACUGCCAGACCUGACAAAUAUCCACUUCCCUUCUCCUCUCCCAACACCGCUAGACCCAGAAGAGUCCACUUUUCCCUCCUUGAGCAGUUCCAACAGCACCGGGAACCUCACUGCCAAUCUGACGCACAUGGGGAUCAGCACAGCCAAUCAGGGAAUGACAACGUCGUCAGCCUCUUCCCAGCAACACCGGCAGCCAACCGUCAGUCCCCUCUCACUGAACACAGAUUCAAGGAGAAGCCAAUCCCAGCAAGUGUCUCCUACGCUUUCCCCUCUUUCACCGAUUACUCAGGCUGUGGCGUUGGAUGCGCUCUCCAUGGAACAGCAGCUUCCCCCCUACCCGUUCUUCACCCAGACAAUCGCGCAGCAGCAGCAGCAGGCACAGACCCAAGUGGCGAGUGCUUUACCACCCAAUGCUUCUCUGAUGCAGACCUCGGGCUUGCAGAGAGGCGUUCAGCUCCCCCCGCUCUCAGUCUCCAUCCCUUCCACAAUCCCACAGUCUCCUCCGGGCAGCCAAACCCAGACUUCGAUGGGGAUAGACAUCAAUUCGGGCUCACUCCAGCAGUACCGCAGCAAUGCUGGCUCCCCAGCCAACCAGUCUCCCACUUCUCCUGUCUCCAAUCAAGCUUUCUCUCCUGGCAGCUCCCCUCAACAAACCUCUAUCCUAGGGAGUGUCUUUGGUGACUCUUGUUAUGAUCAGCAGAUGACUGCCAGGCAAGCAAAUGCUUUAUCCCAUCAGGUAGUGACGGGGGAAUCGCCUCCCAGUCUGUCGAAAGACCUCACCAGCUCUUUGGCCGGGGUGGGGGAUGUCGGCUUUGACUCAGAUUCCCAGUUCCCUCUGGACGAACUAAAAAUCGACCCCUUGACCUUGGAUGGGCUUCACAUGCUCAACGACCCCGACAUGGUUCUUGCGGAUCCUGCCACAGAGGACACUUUCCGGAUGGACCGGCUGUAGUGGGGGUGGAGAACGGGAAAGGGGUGUGCCGUGCGGUCCAAAGGAGCGCAUCCAAAUCACCAAGUCCCGGAAAGUCUAUGCCACUCUGGUGCUCGGAGGGAGAUCGGGCCGAGCCCGUCUCGAAUCUCUUGCAUCCCAUCAGGGUCCCUGGAGAGCCGCAGCUCCACUGUGUGUGUCCAAUUUAGCAAUCGCUCGUUCUACACUUGCCCGGCGGCUGUCCUGCUCGCCUCUCCUCCCCCCAGCACCAACUUAAAACCUUGGUUCAUGCCUUGCUGUUGGGAGAACGUUCCUCAAAGAGCUGCCUCUUCUACCCCUUAUCUCCCCUCCCUCUAUCGCCAAAGUUCCAGCAUUUUUGGUCCUUUUUCGUCCUUUGCCCUAAAUUAAAAGCUUCGGGCUUUGCGUUGGGGAAGUGGAGUGGCAGCGAAAGUUAUAUUCCCCACCCCACCCCACCCCACCCCACCCCUUCUUUCCAAGGCAGAGGAGCUAUUCAGAAGAUAAAAUAGGUGUAUUGUUUUGUUUUCCUGUGUACGUAAACUAUCCAACCUUUGGCUUCUGUUACAAAAACAGACACCCCGCAUGGAACUGAGGGCUUUCCCCCCCCCACCCCCCCCCACCCUGGGGGAGUUAGGGGACCGCUUGAUGAUAAUUGGGCGUUGCGGGCGGGGAAGAGAAGGACAUGAUUGCUAAAGCUACUUUGUGUAUACCACUGCCUUUCCGUGGAGAAGGACUGGACUUGGAGAGUGGAGAAAGCCAGCGGUGGCUCGCCGAAUAAACUCCGUAAAGCCAACCCGCUUGCAUUGGGAAGUGGGAAGUGGGAAGUGGGGUGGGGCGGGGGGGAAGAGUGGCUUGCAAUUCUCUGCUUGAUUUUCCAAUCCUUGACUGUUUUCUGGAAUCCCAUCAUGGCCUGUUAGCUCAUUUGCCUGUGUGCAUGCAGCAGCUUUCAGAAACAGCUGUCUGACCGCCACCACCCCCGUUUGGGAGAUUUAGUUGCAUGAGCCACAUAAUUCCUCUCGGCAAACUGACCGUGUAAAACUUGUUCUUUUUUUUUUUCCUUUCUUUUUUGUUGUUUCUUCCAAAGAAUUUUCAGGGAGAGGCAAGGGCAAGCCGAGGGAGGAAAAGAAGGCACAAGCGUUUUUCUAAUUAUACAUGGAAAUUCUGCAAUUUGUCUGAAGGGAUGAGAUCUGGGUCGUCUCCUGCAGGUUGUCGGGUUUUUUAAAUAACGUUUUUUAAGGCAGCAAUCUCUCCCCUUCCUCCCCCACUUGCUCGGGAAGAAGUAGUUCUUGUUCUGCGUAUUUUUUUUUUAAAAAAAACACCCCACCUUUCUCUAGUACAUGAAAUAAUCUUCCUCUGACCAAAACAGGGUCUGGUUAUUAUUAUCUUUGUGCUCCAAACUGAUUUAGAUGGAAAUCCUUUAAAAUGGCUUCCCCCAUACAAGGAGGCCCAUGACAUGUUCAGGUUAGGGCAUCCAGCAGGCUAACCCAUCCGAGGUGUGUGGAUUCAGUGGCCCAUAAACCAAGGAGUCUCCGAACUUGGCAACUUUUACGACUCGUGAACUUCAACUCCCAGAAUUCCUGAGCCAGCAUAGGGUCUCCUGCUUGGGCAGGGGGUUGGAUUAGAAGACCUCCAAGGUUCCUUCCAACUCUGUGAUUCUGUAUCCUCUAGCUUUGCAGGACCUCCUUUCUGGCCAAAGCUGGAGGGUCCUGUCCCCAGACUGAAUAUGCCUCUUACUAUUUGUUUCUUACCCUGUUUUCAAACUCUUACCCCUCUCCUCCCCCAAUGAAUUAUAGCUAGAUCUUUGUGUGUGUAUAAACACACACACACAUGUGCAGGUAGCAGGGAUAUCCAUUCUGAGUACGUGUUAUGUUUUGUUUGGGCCGUGGUCAGUUUAUAAUUUUUGCACUAAAAAAUACGGAUUUUUUUUUAAAAAAAGUGUUGUAGGUUCUUUGUGUAACGUUUUUGCUUUGAUGUGUUCCUCUCCCCCUCCCUCCUCCCCAUCUUCUAAAUUCCGAAAAAUGCUGUCUCCAUUUCAUAACCCUUGUCAGUAUUUUAGUUCAGCCGCCUCUAAUACACCCAGGGGGUCUGCGUAUUUCAAAUUUUCCAUGGCUGUUUCUCAGAGGAAAUCCAUCCGAAAAAAUAAAAAGGCCCUGUGUCCUGCUUUAAAUAAGAGCCCCAGGUACUAAACAGGCCAGUUUGCAACACUCUUUCUCGUUUCCGACAACGCAGUUUGUUGGUUUUCAGUCAGAUCUCUUGUCUUAUUUCAUCAGCAUGCCAAAAUUUCCUUUGAACGUUGACCUGCAAUUUUGGGGCAAUUGGAAAGCAAAAUGCAGAAUCCAGUUUGGGGGAAAUUCAUUGAUUCUUGAGCUGGAUUUUUUUACAUGGAGAUAUAAAUGGCUAUUUUCUUUCUCUCAUUUUUUUUAGAUUUACACAUGUACAUAGGAAAACUUGUGUAUUGAUAAAUUGUAAGUAGUUUUACAAAAUGGCCUUAAUUUACUAUUUAUGUAUAUACAUAACAGGUGUAUGGUUGUGCAUGUAUAUGUGUGCACAUAGUCACACACAUAGACAUCCACGCAAACAGACAAAACCUGAUCUGAAUGCAAUUUAAUUUGAAAUAGCCAAGCAUCAGGGACCAUUUGCUUUUAACAAAUAUUAUUUCAGUUUUCCCUUGUUAGGCUGGGGGAAGCUGGAAAUACAUGUUAAAAAAAUAAUUUUAAAAAUGUAGAAGAAGGAAGAAAUUGAAGACUUAAACAGCCAACCUAAGCUGUAUUGUGAAUCUGAUUUUUCUGGCUGAGGUAGUAAUUAUGGGCCCGAUGGUUAUCUCUUUUACGCACCUUACUUUCUGUUGCUUUAUAAAAUGGAAAACUUCCCUCCCUCCCUUCAAUUCUUGAGUAAAAUCUGCAUUAAAGAUUAAGGAGGUGGGGGAGGAGAAAAAUAAUAAAUAAAUGCACUAGAGCUCCAAGUUACGGGAUCUGCAAUUUGCCAAAACUGAGGCGAGGUGGGAGGAAGGCAAAGGAAUCUUGUUAUUUGUAGGGCUUAGAAACCCCAAAGCUGCAUUCUAUCUUUUCGGGUUCCGCUUUGUGUUUUUGUUGUAUGAAAAAAAAAAAAAAAGGAUUGUCUGGGGAAAUAAGCCUUUUUUACGGUUGUUGAUGUCUGCAUGAAUGGUGAAGAAUCUGUCAAAAAAGUGGUGCCUGUUGUUUAGGUAGAGAAUUAAGACUUUAAUUUAAAAAAAAAAACCAGAUACGUCUUAACUGUGAGCUGGAUUUGACUCCGCAUUGGUCCUAGUUAUGAAGCGGUCCUUCUUUAUUUUCAUUCCUUAAAAUCUGGUUUCAUCCCAUCAUCCCCCCCCCCAAAAAAAAGUUAGGGUACUAUUGACAAUUCUCUGCCCCUUCCUUUCAUUUUAGCCUCAUGAUCAGCACAAGAGAGAACCUCGGCCAGGAGAAAAUUACUGGCCCAAGACCUCUAAGUAAGUUUGGGGGCGAAAAGGAGCUCCUGUAUUUCCAGUUGGAGUCAGAUACUAAAAAUCCAGAGGGAGGAAGCCAGAGGCUCUCUGGAUGUUUUUCCUGUCCAUUUCCAA